UAGACAAACUCCACAGCGAAAAUGGAAGCUAUAUACAGUGUGCCUUUCACGGUCUUAGAGUGUCCAAACUUGAAGCUUAAACGGCCAUCAUGGUUUAAAAUGCCUGGAGCUAUGGCAAUGUAUGCCAUUGUCCUUAUGUCGUACUUUUUAGUCACUGGAGGAAUCAUCUAUGAUGUCAUCAUGGAACCUCCAAGUAUUGGAUCAACGACAGAUGAAAGGGGGAAUUCUAAACCAGUUGCCUUCAUGCCAUACCGCGUGAACGGCCAGUACAUCAUGGAAGGGCUGGCCUCCAGUUUUUUGUUCACACUCGGAGGGUUGGGCUUUGUCAUCCUGGAUCAGACUAACAAACCCUUAGUCCCCAAACUUAAUCGGAUUUUGUUGCUCAGUGUCGGGUUCAUCGCCAUCAUAGUCUCCUUCUUCAUGUGCAGGGUUUUCAUGAGGAUGAAAUUACCGGGUUACCUCAUGGCAUAGUGUCGCAGAGCGGAACAAAAUUUGAAACGUACUCCAUCAUUUAAGUGUAAUUUUUAUGGAUUAAAAAGUAUGUUAUUGUAUA